UCAUUUCAAUACUGAGUCUUGUCGAGUGAACACGUCAAUAAAAUCUACUCGUAAAAUCCAAAUUAUAUACUUUUAUUCCUAUUAGUCUCUGUCAAGUUUACUGACAGGUUGAGGACAAUGAGAGUCGUGCAGAACAAGGAAUUACCUUUCUUUGGGAAAAUGAUCAAGAAUAACGGAGAAGACUUUUUGAAAGGUGAUAAAUCUGGAGAGAUAACUCUCGUCAAACCUACGGUGGUGAAACCGGCGGCCGUGCCUGAAAUUUCUUUUAGCUUGUUCGCCAGUCCCGAAGCGCAGAAGGCCCUCAAGUUCGUUAAUGGCGAGGAAAACGAAGAAGAGAACAGAAAUGAAGAUGACAGUAGUGAAAAAGAGGUUGAGAAUGCGAAGGAAGUUGAAACAAAAUCGAAAGAGGGUGAAGAGGGCAUAAAGAGCACGUACAGAUGGAGAGUGGUUGCAAGAACUGUUUCUGCUUGUCCUCGAGCCGGUACAAAGACACAACCAAAUACAAACAAGAAAUCGACAAGUCCUUGUAGAUCUGUGAAAACAGCGGAAGAGGUUGCUCCAAGAAUGGGAAGGAGAGCAAGCCUUGCUCCAGAUCACCGAUGUUUAAGUCCCACACCACCAAAGUUUAACCGAUCACGGAGAAUGUCACUCUCCCCAAGCCGCCAUCCACUCCUUCCUAACAGACCCAUCUCCCCUACUCCUCUGGCCAAUAUUGGAAAGACUUCUUCAGAUUCCAACUUAGAGAUGACAAAUAGAACAUCAUCCCAAGAAAUAAAAAUUGAAUCGGAGACCUCUCCACCUAGGGAUAAGCCCGAUGUAACUGGUGGAAACCCGGCAAUUGCCCGUGCUAUAUCUAGACGUCGUUUUUCUUUACCAAUAACUCCCAGUUCACAAUCUAUGAUUCCCCAUCCUCCAUCGCCAUCUCCACGAAGAAGCUUUCCUCCACCCAAUUCAUCUGACCCAUCUUCACCUACGCCGAGUAGAGGCAACAGGAAAACAUCAGUGACAAAUACUCUACAAGCCAAUCGACAUAAACUUGAAGCUCUGAUGAAAGAACGAUCAAGGGCCAUCGCCAACUUAACAAUCGGUGGGAGCAGAGAAAGCAUCCCAUCACCAUCAUCAGUAAAGUCAAAGCAAGAUAGCCCGGUGAUGUCCCCUGCACCUAUCAGAGCGAAUCAUAAAUUGCUUCGGCCAUCGCUAUCUAGAAGAUCAUCGAUUACGUCAGAAACAGAGUCAGAUGCAUCACACACAGAUUCAUUUGAGACAAUAAGUUUAUUAGACGGUGGUGAAGCAGCCAACCUGGAUGAUAUGAUGGCAGAUGUCAUCGACAUGGGAUCGUCGCCACCCACUGACGUCACGUCAAGGAAGAACGAUUCACCCGCCUCUUUCUCUCCAAGAAAUUUGACAGCGUCCCCUCUUCCUCCAAGAAAUCUGACACAAUCCCCUCAUCGAUUGGCUGGCGGACGCCCUAUCUUUAAACGACGGGGCUUCAGCUCAUUAGAUUCGGGAAUUUCAUUCAGCGACACAGCGUCUGUCGCGUCCGAACGGGAGUCGACGACAUCGACCACCAACCCAGCUGAGGAUGAGUUACCAAGGAUGUCUCGAUUACGUAAUCGUCGGGGCACUAUUUGCAUGGGGUCGUUGAGUGCGUUGGUAGACUUAGAAUCAAGACGUUCAUCAUCAUCCAGUCCAUGUCCUUCCCAAACGACCUCGAGCCAGCGAUCAAAUGAUGAAAUCGAAGAGGAAGUCGAAGAUGAGAUUCAGAAGAGGAUCUUACAGAGAAAGAGUCAGUUGGUGAUGCAGGCUGCACCAGGGAGCGUGACAGUAUCAUCCGCCGUGUCAAGGCUUGAAGCUCGGGCUAUCUCAAAGACAACCAACGGAAGAUUGAAGAAAAUCAUGGGUAAUCUAACAUUAGAAAGAACAACAUCUGAACUAUUGAGCAUGAAAGCAGCCAUGAACGCCGCAGCAAAGAGAAUGCAGUUUGAUAAUAGCAAAAAAUCAAAAUCAUUAGACAGCAGUGAUUAAACACAAAGAAACAAAAAUAUGAAUAGAGUAUGUUUAUCGACUCUGAUAAUGAUAGAUUAUGUGAUAAAUUAUAAAAUAUAAUAAAAAAUAAAUUUCAAUCGUUGCUGAUCUUAUUAAAUCGAGAGUAACAGGACGAAAAACGUAGACCCCAAUCAAUUGCACAAACAGAAAAAAGAGUGGACACUUUUAUGUUCUUGCAAAAUUUGUAAAUAUUUGCUCAAUGCAAAUUGUGAAAACUGGUUAUUAUCAAAGUAAAAAAUUAUUAUCAUAAUGGAUUGAGUUUGACUGAUGAGAUACAAUCAUGUAAUUAGUCGUGAGCAACAAACGUAUAUGUAUCAUAAACAAAAUCCACUGUGAGCUGAAGUGAUUCAAGGAAUAUUGCAUUCUGAAUAUUUUACGAAGUUUUGUCGCAAACAUGUAAAUACGAUGUACCUAUGUCAUGUUUUCCAUUUGACUUUCUUUCACAAUGUAACUCCGAUAAUGGUUUGUUAUACAUGAUACCCAAGAAAAACAGUGAUGGAAUGAAAAUCGUCCCUCAUCUUUUAUUUAGAGCAGUUCCUGUACCUUAUCCCUUAUUACCAUUGCCACUUUUCAUUCCCCUUCCCUCCCUCUCCCUUCCCACCCCUCUCUCUCGAGACUACACACACACACCCACGCCCCCACACACGUACCCUCUAUAUGGCCCAUAUCCUGAAGUCAGGUUUAACUUUAGACCAUGGUCUAACUCUGUGCUAAAAUUAUGGGAAGCCAAAAGUGUCAACAUUUUUAUCAAGUUGUAUGUUUCUUAUGUUUACUGUGCUCUUUUCUGAUUCAUCGACGGUGAAGACAAUCAUCUAUUUGUUACUUAGACAAUUAUGAACGAUUUGAGAGCCAAAUGAGCUGAAAAUAUGAUAUCUCUACUGUUAGUGAUUUAUGUAACAAUUGGCUAUCCAUACUUAAACCACAACUUCAAACCUGAGUUUAAGUUAAACCCGACUUCAGAAUACGGGCCAUAUAAUUAUCUGUAUCGUACCCUCUCUCUCUCUCUUUCUAUCUCUCUCUGUCCUUUCAAUUGCAUCACGACUAUUUAAUUCACUCAUUUACGUUUUAUAUUCGCUUAUUCACCCAAGUAGCUAGCAAGCAAUAUUUUGUGUAUAAAUUGUACAUCCACCUCUUAACUUGUUAUAUUAUGAUAUCCUUUGUUUUAAUGUGCAAUAAUUAUUUGGUCAAGAUAUUACUGAAAUGGUUUUGAUUUUACUCUUUCUGUUUUUAAAGAUAUUACUGUUGUAAUUUGACAUUUGACAUUGGCACACACUCAGUGGCAUAAGAAUAAACUGCAAGAUGCGAAACAUUGUAACAUUUAUGCCGGGGUUAGCGUUGGAUGGUUCCGCUUCUAACUUUUCAUAUUGGUAUAGCUUCUUUGAUUUUUCUCGGGAUUAAAUUUCGUUGUUUUUAUUUUUUCAUUGCGUACCUAGGGAAUAAAGGGCAAAUGACAAAAUGAAAAAAAAAAACCGAAAUUUUAAUCCCGAGAAAAAUCAAAGAAGCUAUACACGCUGCAGUGACUUUUUUUUAAAUAAAUGAGUUCUUAUGUUUAUGCUUAUGGAAGUAUAUGGGUUUUAAAAAGAACUAUUCUAUGUACGCACAUUAUGUUGUUCUGAUUGAAUCAUUCAAUAGUGUGAAUUAAAUUAUUCAAUAAUA